AUGAUUCUAUUUCAUACUAUUUCAAGUCAUUCACCUACAACUCUCCGACCAUCAGUUCCUGUCAAUGUCUCAAAAAUGCCAAGCGAUGCAAGCCCAAUACUACGACAGGUCCCUCCAAAUCGACCGCUACAGCAAGCAUUUUCCAAUCCUCAACAGCCGAUAAACACCAAUCAAGGGGCUUCACGAAUGAGUGUUGUAGGACCACCAAGGCCUGUUCCUUCGGAUAUGGCAUCACCAGUUGCCAGCAACUCACCUCUACCUAUCAAUCAACGAGAAUCAGGGCAACCACCUCGAUUUAGUGCACCUCAGCCGCAGUAUACUCCAUCUCUACAACAGUCGAUGAACAUAAACCAAGGGGCUUCACGAAUGAGUGCCGUGGAACCGCCAAGGUCGGCUUCUCCCAGCACAGCGUCAAUAGUUGCCAGCAACUCACCUCUGCCUAUCAAUCAACGAGAAUCAUGGCAACCACCUCGAUUUAGUGCACCUCAGCCACAGUAUACUCCACCUCUACAACAGUCGAUGAACAUGAACCAAGGAGCUUUCCCAAUGAGUAUUGCUGAAUCACGAAGCUCGGUUCUUUCGAGUGCGCAACCGUCUGAUAUAUAUUUAUCUGGGGGAGACCGUUCAAGCCAAGCAGCAGGACGAGUUCGUUCCAAAUCACCAAUGCCAGCAGCUGCAAGGCCAACAAGUGAGAGUAUAAAUGGGGUUCAGUGCAAAUUUAAUUAG